CCCGCCUCGCCACAGCCAAAUCUCUCUGUUCCGAUGGCUACUACUAGCUGCUGGUUCUUGGUGUUCGUAUUGGUAGUAUGGUGGUUGCCGCUGAUGCUCGCCGGGCCUGAGGACCAGCAAGUGGAAAACUGCCCGGCCAAGACGUGCGGCAACCUCAUCAUCUCCCACCCGUUCUGGAUCCUCAACAUGGAGACUACAAGAUCGUGUGGUUCAUUGGAUUUUGAGGUCGUUUGCCUCAACGACAGUAUUCCACUCCUCCGGAGCUCUGUGCUCUUCGGCUUUGCAAUCAGGGACAUCUCCUACGAGGAACACAGUUUGCAUGCCGUUGAUCUACACAAAGAAACAUACUUCAAAAAAGAAGAGGAAGACUUCAACGUCUCCAAAAGUUGCCAUUUCCCGAGAUGGAACACCUCCGUCAAACUAGCACCCCCGUUUAAGGUCACCCCCGCCAACGUCAACCUCAUCUUCUACAACUGCACGAAGACAGUGGCGCUGGUGGAGGUGAGAUGCCCGAACGCGAGCAACAUGUUUGUUCGUGCGGGAGUGCCCCACGACGCGACCGGUAACUAUGCCGGCUACGCGCUAGAGGGCUGCAAUGCUACCGUCGUGCCGGUGAUGGGCUCGUCGUCGGGCUCGGCGAACGCAAGCGACUACGAGCAGCUCAUCGAAGAUGAUUUCCUCCUGACAUGGGAUCUACCCUCUCCAGGGCGAAAAUCGAUUUAUGGUCUGAAUUCUGAACUUCUCAAGUCUGCACCUCGGUGA